CCUAGGUUACCAGGUUCUUCCCGUGAUAUGGUCAUUUCCAGUAUUUAACAAUGCAACAACAGCUAGAUAAGACGGAGUAAGUUUAUUACUGUAGAUCGUAUGCAGACACUGGCAUGAGUACAAGGCCCAGAGAGAAAAGUGUGUGGGAGGAGGCAAGUGACUUUUCCAGGCCCUGGCAAGGCUGGUGCUUGGAAACUGAAGGCGUGAUCAGUAAGCAGCACCUGUGCUUGGCAGCGCCUCUGCUGUACUUGUGACCAGAGGAGAACUUGUGUAAAGAUAAAACCUGGAAAAGCCUAACACUAAGAAGAAAGAUAAAAACUGGACUUUAGCUGAUUUUUCUUAUCCCUGCCAUUUCAGCCUUAAAGAGUUUUGAGCUACUGAAGCUAAUCAAAAUGAAUAAUUCAGAACAUACAAUUGGAGUGAAUUCCCCAGAGGUCAAGGGUACUUUUGCAGGUCAUGCUCUCCCUGGAGCAAUCUUUUUUACCCUGGGUUUUUGGUGGUAUAUAAAGAUUCUUUUGAUGUAUAUAUACAAAAAGCAAACACGGACCUGCUACAUUCGUUACAAAGCAUUCUUCCAGAGAGCAGAAAUUUUGGAAGGAAUUAUAAGCCUGUGUAUUAUCUUAACUGGUGUAAUUGUUCUACAGAUCAAGGCUGUAAAAGAAGACCAGUGGCUCCGAUUCCUGCGCUUUCAUCAUUUAACUAUCUAUCUCUUCUUUGGUUUGUGGGCAGUGACCAACAUCUUAUGCUUCAGCACCAGGUCAAUUCCAGUCUCCUUAACCAAAUUAAUGUUGGCAAAUGCCUUUCUUGUGACUGCAGUUGCCAAAACUUGGGAGAUAAAGAAUAAUGCAGAGGAUAUAAAUCAGAAUGUUUCCCUAAAGUUGGUGUGGCAUGUCCAAGAGACAAACACCAUCGAUAGCUCCAUUUUCUAG